AUUUUAUAAAAAAAGUUUAAAAAAAUUGAAGAUUUGAGAUUUUGGAAGGAAAAUGGGAAGUUUAACGCUUAACCCUCUCAAAUUUAGGUCGAGUUCAAAUUUGAAGGAAAAGAAACUCAGGCCCCCCACGGAAGUCGUCGCCGUCUAUCACCGAUCACAGCGGCUGCCGGACGCCUCAGUUGACGCCGCCGAACAUUUUCACCGAACGCCGGCCACUGAUGUUGAGUUUUCCUCUCUCUCUAGCACCUCUUCUACAGUGCAGCUUACCGUUGCCUUCGGCCCGCCAUCACCGGAAUAGGAACUUUGGAGGUUUGGAUUCUAAGCUUUGAAGGGAUCAGUGCCACUCUCCAGCAAGAUAGAGGGCGUUUGAUUUGUUUUAGUUUUUCGUCUUCCUCAAGGAGUGGCGGCGGUUCCUCCAUGUUCCGACCUUCGAUUUCGGAGGCUUCUGCAACUUCCAAAGCUUUAUAAUUUCCAUUAUGUCUGAAGAAGAAUGGAAGUCCCUUUUCCCGAUUGGUACCGUUUUCAAGUCUCCCCUCUUAAUCUCUGGUUCUUCCGUCAAAAAUUCAAUCGGCCCACUCGUCUUCAACCCUGUUCCAACCUCUCUUACCCGCCUCUUUUCGUCGCAGUCUUUAUUGCCCUCUCUUUCUCCUCCUUCAGUUCUCAAUCUCCCUAGAUUUCUUCUCACUUCUUCGUCAGUUGUUCCUUCAACUUCUUCCUCUGUUGCUUCACUCUUUGGUGAGCAGCAAUGCUGCAGUGAUCCACCUUCCGUUCUACGCUACAAUCGCCUCCAAUGCCUUCCAUGUCCCAAUUCGAGCAGUGUUGUUGUGUUUUUUCCCACUGGGCCUAAUUCUGACCAUGUUGGGUUCUUGGUGGUUUCUAGUAAUGGUUCAGGUUUGGACGUUCAAUCUGAUUGCAGUAAUGAUGUUUUUAGUGUUGAAAGUGAACUGAAUUAUCAGAUUUUUGGGAUUGCUGUGAACCCUACUUUGGGUUUUGUUGAUGAUUCUUGUGUAGAUAUUGGGUUUCUGUUGGCUUAUACUAUGUAUUCUGUUGAAUGGUUUAUUGUGAAAAAUCAUGCAAUUGGUUCGAUUCGUCGGCCAAGUGUUAGUUUGGUUCAUAUGGGUAGCAAGGUUUUUAAGACAUGUUCUGUUGUUCAUGCUUGUUGGAAUCCUCAUUUGUCUGAAGAAAGUGUGGUUUUAUUGGAAGACGGCAGUUUGUUCUUGUUUGACAUGGAGCCUCUGUUGAAGGCUAAAAAUUACAAUGCAAAUGCUAAUUUGAAAGGAAUCAAGUUGAAAGUGUCAUGGGAUGGUUUAGAUUGCUCGAAAAAAGUGAAGUGGUUGAGUUGUGAUUUUAGUUGGCAUCCAAGAAUCUUAAUUGUUGCACGUUCUGAUGCUGUUUUUUUGGUUGAUUUAAGGGAGAAUGAGUGUAGUAUUUCUUGCUUAAUGAAGAUAGAGACACUCCCCAGUUCUCUGGGAGAAAAGGAACAAUUCCUUGCAUUUUCUAAAGCAGGCUCUGAUGGUUUUUAUUUCUCCGUUGCUUCAAAUCGUCUCUUACUUCUUUGUGACAUACGAAAACCACUGUCACCGGUGUUGCAAUGGACGCACGGUCUCGAUGACCCAAGCUAUGUGAAUGUUUUUAGCUUGUCUGAGUUAAGAUCUAGUCCAGGCAAUAGUAUGUAUAAAGUAGCUUCUGAGUCAGGUUAUUGCAUUGUACUGGGAUCCUUUUGGAGUAGUGAGUUUAACACAUUUUGUUAUGGACCUUCUCCACCAGCUCUUGAUCAAUCUAUUUCUUCAAGAAGUUCAAAAUAUUUCCAGUCACUUUAUGCUUGGGAGCGUCCUUCAAACCUCAUAUUAUCUGGUCGAGAGUGUCCAUGCAGUAGUUGCCUUACAAGACAAGAAUCUUUGAAGGAUGCAAUUUGUGAAUGGGUAGAGUGGCAACAAAAGAAGGAAAUAGUGUUGGGCUUUAGCAUCUUGGAUAAUAAUCUCUCUCUACCAUUUACAGGACAAAAUGAAUACGGCAGUUUUACACUUGUAAGGCUUAUGUCAUCUGGGGUUCUUGAAGCACAGACUUAUCAAGCAUCUUGGAACUCAUUGAAGAAAAUAGAUGUAGUUCAUAAAGAAUCAUUGAAUCUUAACGAUUAUUUGCUAUAUGGAUGGUUACUUGAUGAUAAAUAUAGAUUUACCAGAAGAUAUAUCUACUUCAAUUUUGACUACCUAAUGGGAUAUUUAAAUGAUAAGUUAGAUGAAGUUGUGGAUUCUUUCAUGAGGAAGUAUAGUAAGGAUUCUUUAUGUGAGCAAUCUUUGAGUCUCGAAGUUCACGAAGUUUUGUGUGAGAAGAUAAAAGCUUGUGGGUUUGAUCGUUUGAGGUCGACUCCAGCACUUGCUGUUGUGUUCAAUGACAUUAGUUUGCCUUCAAGUAUACAGGAGAUCGCUUUCAGAAAGUUGUGGGCAAGCUUACCCAUGGAACUUUUGCAUUUUUCCUUCUCUAGUUAUUCUGAGUUCCUUGAGAACAAGAAUACAGUAUCCAUUGAAUUUCUAAGUGUUCCUAGCCUUCAUCAGUUGCCUCCUUUUAUGCUAAGGGACCCAUCAAACCGCAGUAAUAAGUGGUCACAUAAGGUGCCACGAACUGAAAAUAUUGUAGGUCCAGUACUUCCUCUUCCCAUUCUGCUCGUACUUCACGAGUUUCGUAAUGGAUGUUCAAAGUUGGAGGAAGAAGGGGUAGGAAAAUUUUCAUUAGAAGCAGAAUUUCGUGAGCAAUAUGAUGAAAUUAGGUCUGCAGCUGGUGAGAUGGCUGUGUCACCUUUUGAGCCAAAGGUUGAUGAUGGUCCUGCUGUCUCUCUUGGUGAUGAUCGAGAGUAUGUUUCUGCCGAGUCUCAGAAGCCAAAGAAUUUUGUUUCAUUUCAUCCAUUUGCCUUCAAUUCCCGUACUUUGUAUAACACACAAGGAAACUUGACUAAUUGUGCCAAUGUAUUUGAUUCAUUAAUAUUCAAGUUAGAAGGAAAGGAGGCAUCCAGUGAGAAAUCUGAGAACAAUGCUAGUAGAGAACUCUACAAUGGUCUCUGCCCUGUUGAGUUGGAAUUCAACGCUCCCUUGAUGGACUUUGGGUCAAAAGAAUUGAAGGCAUAUGAUAUGUUGAAAAGGCAACUGUUGAAAUGGGAAGAUGGGUUUGAUGCAUACAAGGAAUUUCGAUCUAAGAUUUGAUGGACAUCAGUCUGCUUUGAAUCUUUAGAGCUUCAUGUAUAGAAUCUGAUAAGUUGUGAGAACAAGUGAACAGGUAUAUGAUGAAAACAUGUUUUCCAAAAGUGAUGAAGACUGGAGGACCAAGAAAGUGUGGAACUACCUCGACAACUACUGACUCGAGUCAUAGAAAAGGCUACAAUUUGGCAUCCAUAAAAGGGUGGAAACAAUGUUAAAGCGGUAGAGAUCUUUCAGAGGAUGAAGAGAGAUGGCUGCCAAGUGUCAACCCUCUACAGAUAUUUACAUAAUGUCAAUAAACGUGUAUGGAAAGGUUUAUGCAGGAAAGUAAGUCCUAUAUGGCAUUAAAGAUAUUUGAUGAAAUGAGAAGUCAAAGGUGCAAACCUAACAUCUGCAGCUUUACAGCUUAGUAAAGGCACUUGCUAGAGAGGGACUUUGUGAUGAAACAGAAGAAAUAUUUGAGCAAAUGCAACAAGCUGGUUACGAACUUGAUUUCUAUGCUUAUAAUGCUCUCAUGGAGUGAUAGAGGUAAAGUAAAACUGAUCUGGUACGAUCUUGUAGAUAUAGUCUUCAUUCUUGAAAGUAAAGCGAAUAUGCAGUUGUCACUUCAAAAUAGUCAGUCAGUACUUUGAAGGUCUGGCUGGCAUAUGGACAUCGAUAACUAGUGAGCUUUAGUAGGCAAUAGAGAUUUAAUUUUUUUCUUCUAACAAUUGUAAUAUUUGACAGUCCUUGUACCUUUAUUUUUUGUUUUGCAAGAACAAAUCACCUCUACGUUUUUAAUGCAUCAUGCUGUGGUCGUGCUGGUUUUCCAUAUGGAGCUACAGAAAUAUUUUCACUCAUGCAACAUAUGUGAUGUGAUCCAGAUAUAGCUUCAUACAACAUCAUGGUGAAUGCAUAUGGAAGAGGUGGCCUUCAUGAAGAUUGAAGAGACGAAUUGAUGAUAUUGGACGAUGUGGCAUUCAACUCACCUCCAAAUCACGCUAACAUGCUGCUGUUUGUUGAUUCCACCCUUGUAGUAAUUUUCCCAUCAGCGUUUUAAGGAUGUCCCUGAGAAUGCUGACAACCAUGGAAAGAGUGUAAUUUUCAGAUUGGUUGAUGGAUUAUUAAUUCAUAGUGUCUUGACUACAAACACAAUUAAGCUGGAGUCAGUUUAAUAUAUGUCAACCUUGCUUGUUUGUUUGUAUUUCAUGUUCCGUUUUAUUGCAAGUUUGUUAUUGACAUUCUAUGUAUGCAACUCUAGUUGGGCGACAAGACUAUGCAUAUGCAAUAAAAGGUGCAAUGUACAUUUAAACCUAA